CCGAUCCGCUAGUUCGCCGCCUUGUCUCUGUAGCGAGGAGUGUGCGUGAGCAGAGUUAGUGCCGUGCCAACUCGAAAAAUCGAAAAUUUCUUGUUUUGAAGCAAUUUGCGCUGAAGAUGGGCCGUGUGGAGUGUCUUGUAGGUGUGCAGUGUGUGUUGUGAGUGCUCGUGCAGUGUCCCUUGGGAUUACUUGUGUGUUUUCGGCGGGAUUUGCAGUCCUGGUGUAAAUGGGAAAAACAACGAACUUGGAGCAGAUCAAGGCCGAACGUAUUUAUACAGGUGUUGCCAACAUGCAUGAAAAAAUCAUGUCUGGAAGCUGGUGAGUUCCAACAAUGCGUCGAAAGUGCAAAACGUCGUGUCUUAAGUGCUUCUGAGUGGUGUAUGAAUGUUGUGAUCUAACCUUUUAAUGGAGUAAAAGUAGAGCUGUAAUUGCAUCGCUGUUGUAGACGUGGCUUUACUCGAGGUGGAUUAUUGCCUAUCGAGUGGGUAAGAUGCAGUGUGUGGAGUUGUCGGGCGCCGCGGGGCAAAGACUCGUCGGCGGGGCCCGGACAAUCGCAUGGCGGCCCCAAUGAGAUCAAGCUCGCAGGACGCGAGCCACCGACCGAGGGUGGCGGACUCCAGGACAGGGAACGCCACGGCGAAGCCAGACAUCGCAACCUCCACCACCCAACCCUCAACAAAUUUCGAAUACGAUGACAACGAGUGGGAUAUAGGAAUCGGCGAUCUCAUUAUCGACUUGGAUGCGGACAUAGAAAAGACCAACGAGGGGGCCAACACCCACAAUAUGGCCGCGAACGCCGGAGGCCCGCAAGCCGCCAAAGCGGCCGCCACCGCCAAAAUGGCCAUCGAGCACUCAGCCACCGUCGACAAGGGCCUGAAGAUGAAAAUCAAACGCACGAAACCGGGGACGAAAACCUCGGAAGCCAAGCACGAAAUCGUGAAAUCCAACGAGUUGAACGGCACCGCCGAGGGCCCGUUGGCGGCGAAGCACGCCGCCGCCGCCCCAGCGCCCGCCGCCCCCGGCUCGGGGGGCAACAGCAAGCGGGGUUCGAGUGGCCACCGCCGCGACAAGAUCAGGGACAAGCACUCGUCGGUCGACAAGACGGGACAGAAGGCGGCGGCACCGUCCCCGGGGGCGGUCGCCGUCGCCGCCGACAUGAACGGUAUGGUGAGAGUGAGUGCGCCGCAAACGGGACCGCCGAGGCCAGUGUUUCCUGCAAGCACGGGCCCGGGACCGCCACAGAGUGCUUCCGCGGGACCGUCGCCGGGGCCGCCCCCGAGUCCCGCCGCCGCCACUGCACAAGGAUCCGCCGCCAAACCGGAGCAGGCCAAAGUCGCCGCCGCCAAUGCGCCCACGAACACGCCUGCCACCAACAUCGACGAGCGCAGCUCUUCGCCGCCCCCAAAAAAGCUCAAAACCGAACCCAAGGAGGUUUCCGACGUGUGUAUAGGCACCAGUGUGGGAACCAUCACCGAACCCGAUUGUUUAGGGCCUUGCGAACCCGGUACAAGUGUCACGCUUGAGGGAAUCGUUUGGCACGAGACUGAAGGAGGUGUUCUUGUAGUCAACGUUACUUGGAGAGGAAAGACCUACGUAGGAACUUUAUUGGACUGCACCCGCCAUGACUGGGCGCCCCCUAGAUUCUGUGAUUCUCCCACAAGUGACCUGGACAAUCGCACCCCCAAAGGACGAGGUAAGAGAGGCCGUUCCGCCCCCGCCACCCCCAGCACUGACCCACCCCCGUUCACAGAGACCCGUUCAUCGGUGCACAGCAAACUUCGAAACGGCGGCGUGAAGGGUCGUCGGGGGGCGGCGAACGGCGGCCCAUCGGCCCCCUCCUCGCCCACCCCCUUCGUCCCCCCACGUCCCGAGCCCAGCAAACGCAAAAGUCGAGCCGGUGAUGAGGAUUCACCGCAACCGCUCCCAGGGAAAAAAUCCAAAAUUGCGGCACCACCCCCAACACCGCCGCCGCCGGUCGUUCCCGGCUCGCCGCCGCCCUCGCCAGUGCUGCUGGAGUGUCCUGAGCCCAACUGCUCCAAGAAGUACAAACAUAUCAAUGGACUUAAGUACCACCAGUCGCACGCACACGGCUCAGCCGACGAUGACGACGCCAAGGAGGUGACGUCCAUGUCGGAGAACGACGAGUCCAAUAUCGAGGCCCCCAGUCCGGCGACGCCAGUUAAGUCGCCAGAGAAGGGACAGGACAGCCCCCUUACGCCCAAGAAGGAGGAGUUGCCGAUGAUCUUAAGGGGGCUGGAGGUGUCUAGUCAGCCGGCCACGCCGAGGAGCACGCCGCCGUCGCCGGCGACCAGUGACCUGGGGGCCGGCGCCGCCUCACCCACCGUCCAGAUGGACAAAAGUGUGGUUAAACCGGGCGUUUUGAGGUACACGCCCACGGAGGAGUUCCCCGUCGGCGUCUUCGCCUCCAAGACACCAGCAGCAGGACCGCCGCUGGCGCCUUCGGCGCCCCACUCGGGCGUGCGCGCCGUGUCGGCGUCGCUGCCCCCGGAGCCGGCGAGCCCCCAGACUGAACCCCCGAAUGCUCAACCGCAGUCUUUCACUUCGCAGUUGCAAUCUCAGGUGUCUCUGCCGUCGCAGCAGUUCACCCAGCCCCCGACGCUGAUUAUCCCCCCGCAAAACCUACAAAGUGCUCCCCCGAUGUCCCCCCAUGCGCCCCCAUCCCCGACUCAAGCCAAAAUAACGCCGCAAUUUAAAGUCAAACCCACUGCCGCACUCAUGCCCGAAGACAAAACCAAACAGCAGCAACAACAACAAAACAACAAGGCUCAAAGUUUUAAGAAAAAGAACCGGAAGAGUCCGGCCGGAAGCCCCCAUCCGCCGUCUCAGAACGAGCAACCUGUCUUCGGCGUGGAACAAACUGCCAGGGACGAAGUGCAAAGUCCCGCCUAUUCGGACAUUUCCGAUGAUGGGGCUCCUGUCGAGAGUGACUUGGGGGAUAAGAGUAAGAGUGCGGAUAAGAAGAGUGAAGGGGGGCAAGUGCCCCACAUGCCUCAAUAUGGUAUGUAUCCGUUCUAUGGCCAGCCUCAGUAUUUGGUGCCCCAAGAAGGCAAGAAUAAGGACGAGAAAACGGGGGAAAAGCCCGAUAAAGAUGGUAAGAAAGAAGGAAAUGAUUACCAACAAAAAAUUUUACCUCAGCAACAUUAUUACCCAUAUGGUUAUAUGCCAGGGUACCCGUACAAUAUGGAUCCGAAUUUCGGCGGCGUCCCCAUGGUCCAAGAAGACAAAAUCAAAGAGGAGCGCAUUAAAGAGAGCCCCAGUCCCAUCGAGCAACCCAUCAAACAGCCCCCAGCCCCCAUCCCGAACCCCAUCCAAGUCCCCAAAGUGAAAACAGAGCCCCCGCCAAAGGACAAACACCAAAACGAAAACCACCAAAUCCUCAAAGAAAGCAUCGAAAUCAAGAACCAAAUGAACCCUUACAUGUACCCCCGACAGCAGCCCCCACACGACGACGUCCGCCGCUUCUACACCCACAAAACCACCACCCCCACAAAACCGCCCCCACCCAGCCCCAGCCUCAAGCACAAGGACCCCAAACCGGAGGAGAAAAAAGACAAAGACCUGAAACAAGAAGGAGUCAAACCCACCAUGGAGACACAAGGCCCCCCGCCACCUCCAACCUCCCAAUACGCUUACAUCCACCCCAGCUACAUGCAAUCGCCCCACUAUGGGGCCCUCCCGUUCGACCCAAACCACCCAAUGUAUCGCGGGAUUAUGGUCCCGGGGCCGUACAGCGGCAACCCCUACCUGCAUCAAAUCCCCAGGUAUCAUGCCCCGGAGGAUUUGUCGAGGGCGCCGCCCCCCAAAGCACUCGAUAUGUUGCAACAUCACGCCCAAUACUACUCCUCGCACAAGAUACACGAGUUGCAAGAGAGGGCUAUUAAAAGUCCCACACCUAAAACUUCAGUUGCUAGUUCGAGUCCGAGUACGAGUCAGCCGGCGCCCGUUUCACAACCGCAAAUGACGCAGCCUCCGACGUCGACGAGUACGACGCCGGCGGGGAAGCAAACGCCGGGGGACGGCAAAGACUCAAGGUCGCCGCCCCCACAAAGACACGUGCAUACGCAUCAUCAUACGCAUGUGGGGUUGGGGUACCCCAUGUAUCCGCCCCCGUAUGGAGCGGCAGUGUUGGCAAGCCAGCAAGCAGCAGCAGUGACAGUAAUAAACCCUUAUCCGACCAAGUGAGUGCCCGAACUCGAGACAAGUAGUGACUAAAGCAUUCCAUAGUUGUGUCUUGUUAUCUAGUGUGCACUGCUGACGUAUCCUGAUGACUUGAUUUAGAUCCACAGCUGUUUUGCAAUGCAAACGUAUUGUACAUUUGAUUUUAUUCAUUGUAAAUAGUGUAAAGACAUUGUCAUGUCUGUUAAAGUCAUAAACGAUUAGUUGAUACUUUGUAGUAGACUGAUAUUUGACUUAUUAGAAAGUACUGUGUAUUUUUUAAUGUAAAACUGUCUUCUUUAUUAUUAUACAAAAAACAAAAAAUUCAUACGGUUAGAUAUAUAACUUUUUAUUUUUACUAUUUUACAUUGUAUUUGUUCCAUUCCAGUUUUAUUGGAAUAAGAUUUGUAUAAUUCGAACACUGUCCUUUUUUACUUAAACAGUUGGAGUCUGUACAUCUUGUAAUAUUCUGUAAAUAAGCCAUGACAUAAUAAAAUUGUAUAAAUUACACGUUUUAAAGCCUUUUAGUCCGCGCUGCUUUCCAAAUUCAUCACACAAGUGCAAGAAAACAUUUUAACACCUCAGGACAACAGCAAAAUAUUUUCUUACACUUUUAUGACGUGUGAUAACCCCAAAAACGAGUUACUGUGAUUGCCACCAUUUGAGAAGAUUACCUAUUGUACAGACUACGAGGGGCUUUAAUGUAAAGUUGCUUAAUAAAAAUAAAUAAACUAAACUUUUUGUUA